UUUUCUGUUGAAAAAUCUAUGUAUAACUCAGAAAUGAUAACUCUGUCAUGACUGCCUAUGUACUAAAGUGUAUGCUGCUUGAAGAGCCAUUCUCUCAUUAGAAAAUGAUCUAACCUCAUCUUACUAUUUCCUGAAAUUUCGUUUUAAUUGAAUGAUGUUAUGUUAAAGUUAUAUAGAUUUUCUCUCCUUUUCCUUCUAACAUUUGGAAAUAUCCCAAUUAUUCUUCAAGGUUUUAAUGCAUACACAUUACACCAAAGCUUUUAAAUUUAUUUUUGUUGACAGGUAAAAUAAUUGUAAUAAAUUAAAAUGGUUUCAAAGAAACCAAAUAAAGCAUUAGAACUUGAGAGCUCUGGUUCUGCUCCUAAAACAAAGAAGAAAAGGCAAGAUGUAAUUCCAUCACCAAGAAAAUUAAAGAGCCCCCCUGAUAAUAAGUCUUUAAUUACUGAAAGAAAUAAUGCAUCUUUAUCCAUUGAUUCAUCAAGUAAGAGGCUAAAAAUAUCUACUACAAAAGUUAAAGAGCGAAGGAAAUCAUUCAAGAAUUUACUGGCUUCUAAAUACCAUUAUACUUAUUGUAAAUAUAACAGAGCUGAACUGAGGGCUGAGAAUUUUGAGUAUGAUGACAAAAUUUGGGAUGCUCAGGUAGAUGGAAGUGAACUUUAUUUCCCAGUGUUCAUUGCUGAUAACUUAAAAGAUAAGAAGCUGAAGACCCUGAAGAGUUCUAAAAAACCUCUUCCCACCCUUGUAAAUCAUGGUUUUCAAAACGGCUUCUCAAGUGAUUCCAAGAGACCUCCAGGCAAUAUUGUUCCAGAAAACAAAACCUCUAAGCUAAGUCAGGAGAGUAGCAACCAACCUCUCAUUCUCACUACAGGAGCUUUCUCAGUUGAAGGUGGCAUAGUUGAUAACUCAAGCGCGUCUGAUUUGCCACCACAUACUGUAUGUGUUGUCUCUGCUUUUGAGCGCCCAUCCAAGAAGCGCUUGGAAGAGACCUUCUCUCAUUUUGGCAACAUUAUAUCCAUACUGCGGUACACUGCGUCGCGGCCUCCAGUUGCUUAUGUUGCUUUCAAGACAGAAUCUGCCCUCGAUGCCUGUCUCAAUUCCAAAACUGAGCUGAUGGGAAGUAAUUGCUCGCUCAUUCGCUGUCAUGGCAAGAAACUGACUGAAACGGAAGCUCAGGAAGCCUGUGGUCAAAGAUUCUUACAAUUCUUGAAGUCGAGUGGCAAGAAGAAUAAAAAGUAAACAAAAUAAAAGUUAAAUAAAUCAUUACCAGUCGCAUCGAUUUUUAGCAAUAAAGAGUUAAUCAGUUGUUAAUAUUCAGUGUCACUCAACGACAGCAUGGAAAUCCCUCUCAACUCAGUAUCUCGGCCCAUAAGCAACUCGAUAUCAACAGUGGCAUGUUCAGAGUCAAACAAUGUUCACACUGAGCACAGUGAUGCCAUGGUGGUACAAAAAAUUCCUUCAAGGAAAGAAGACUCGAGCAUCAAGAUUGUUCUGCUAGGCGAUGGCAGUACGGGAAAGACGAGCUACGUAGCGCGCAUCAGCAGCGAAGGAUUUCAUUCUCAGUACGUGGCGACCCAGGGAUACGAAACAACACGCGUGCUUGUGAGCACCUCUCAGGGAGACAUGGCUGUUACGUUGUGGGACACAGCAGGGCAAGAGAAAGCCGGUCCACUUAGAGAUCAUUAUUACCAAGAUGCCCAAGGCGCUAUUCUGUUCUUCGAUGUCACGUCUAAAGUUACUUAUAAAAAUAUUCCAGAGUGGCAUAGAGAUAUCACUAGAGUGUGUGGCGAUAUUCCUGUUGUGCUUUUCGCAAAUAAAGUUGAUGUGGCUGAAAGGAAAGUCAAAGGUAAGGCUAUUAGCUACCAUAAAAAGCAUCCUCAGCAGAUGAUUUUAGUGGAAGGAAGUAUUAAAGACCGACUUAAUUUAAAAUUGCCUAUCGAGUUCCUAUUGUGCCAUAUUACCAAGAACAGCGAACUCAGUUUACGAACGUCGUUAGAUUCUUCUCUUUAUGCUGCUUUUGAAGCCAUCGAGAUGGAAUAGGUCUCGCCUCCUCUAUAUAAUCUCAGCAAGAAUCUUCUGUACUUGAUAAGUUUAUAUUUUCACACUCACUAUUUUGUCACUCGUGCAUGCAGUUCUAGACAUCAAUUAUAUUUUGAAUGUUACAGAACCAGUAAAUAAAUGUGCUGUCGAGCAUA